GUCGGUGGGUAGAAAAUGAAGGGGUGGGGGGAAAAGAGGUGAGUAUAAAAGCUUUGCUGUCAGGAAUUAGGAAAUAUUCCUCGGGAGAAAAUAGACUGAGAGAUAUUUUCAAGACUUCUUACUCCAUAAUUAUCUUUAAGGACAGGGAGAUAAACAAGCCACAGGAUGAGGAGCCUUCUUCAGUUUCUGGCACUCUGUGCUGCGGUCUCUCUCUGUGUCUGCUAUGACUCUCAUGAAAGCACAGAAUCCAUUGAAGAUUUGUUUGUGCCUCCAAACCGAGCCAACUCAUUCAUCACGCCACAGAGGGGCAACGAACACAACCCACCCGGAGGGAACCAUUACAACUUCAUGAGGCCGAGAAAAUCUCCGGCGGAGAGGCGUGCAGAGAUCUGUGAGGACUACUCUCCCUGCCGCUUCUAUGCCUAUAGCCACGGCUACCAGCAGGCCUACCAGAGAUAUUUCAACUCCCAGACUCAACCCCAGAGACCAGCUGCAGUUCGUCGUCGAUACUAAACUCAGAGUAUCAGUCUGUCAGAUGCAGAAUUAUCAUUAUCAUCUGGAUAUGAAUGUGUAUCUCAACAUUCCACAUAUCACAACUUUUAUAUAAUUUAUGUUGUUGUUUUUGUGGCCUCCUCUGGAUGUUAAGUGACAAUCCUAGAAAAUACAUAUUUUCUAAAUACUGAGGCAUCCAGUGUGGCUCAAAUCUCUCAACAACCCAUCAUUAUACCCAUGUAGAAAUUCACGGCCCAUCUCUUGUGUAAUCUCAGGAUCACCUUUAUCCCCCUAUUAUCACACCUUCACAGCAUUUAUGAGCUUUAUGUGAUAUUCUUGAAUGCUCACUAUCCACUAAUCAUUUCUUACAUUAUCCGCCUACUUAUCCAGGCCAGCACUGCUGGUGAUUAUUUCCAUUGCUUUGAAAAAAAUAAAUAAAUAAACAAAAUUC